AUGCCCGGAUUUGUCUUGGAAGAACCGUUUCCUUUAGCUCGUUUCCACAACACUGUAGGCGAAGGUGAUGGAAAGCACUUUGUCGUUGGACUCAAUUCCUUGGAGAGCACACUGAACAACAACUCAUCUGAGCGUCUUGAUGAUGCUGAUUUGGUGGCCAUCACUGUUCAAGGCGAAGGCUUCAAGAUUUACAAUACGACCGAUCAAAAAUGCACCAAAUCCUGGAUUACACCACCAGGCAUCGCUUUUGUUGGACCUGCAACUCACAUUGACGGUGGCAGAGAUUCCAAUGCUGUUGAUUACACCUACGCUAUCGUUGCCUCAGGCCCUGAUGUAGCCAAGACAGAAGAGCGCAAGACAAUUUGGCUGUGGAAGAAUACAAAGACUGGCGAUAACGAGGAGAUUGACAAAACUGUCAAAUCUUUUGACGAGCACAUCAGCGCUAUUCAUGUUUCGCCAUCAUUGCACUCUCAUGUCAUCAUUGUCAGCGAAAGUGGAUCCAUUGAGUUAGCCACCAAAGAUUUGGAUCGUUUAACAGCCAAGCAAAAGGCACAAAAGAAUGGCAACGUGAUUUGGUCGACUGUGUUCGUGACCUCCAACGCACACGCUCGUCCCUGUUGCAUCCCAUCUUCCAUGGUGCCCUCCAUGUCCACCAUCGUUGUCACUGUCAGUCAUGUCGCUGGAUCCGAUGCUUACACCAUCAAACUCAACUAUGUCAAUGUCGAGAGAAGAAGCAUCGAUGUGCUCACCAGUAUCAAUGUCAAGUUGCCUGAAAAGCCUGUAGCAUUCACUUUGGAUCCUACUGAUGGUCGUUUUACCAUCUUGGGUGCUGCUGGAAACUGGACUGUGUGGCGCAUGCAAUUGAAGCAUAGCUCCUCAAAGAAGAUCUCUGGCUCCUUGAACGAACAUUUAUCCAUCCAAUUGAAUGGCUACAGAUUCCAAGACGAUACUUUGGGUAAUAUUGCGUCUGUCACACCUUUAUCUGACAGCUACGUGGCCAUGAUUGCACCACGCACAACCCAGAAGGGAGAUGUCGAGCAUGUAGUCAGUGUCUGGGAUGUCAAAUACGGCACUCUUCAAGCCGAGCAGUUUAUCAAAAUGACUGAAAAGAACACGUUCAACAAGAACAGCUGCGUCUACAACAUUGCUGUCUUGCCCAACUCUCAUUUGGCAGUUACUGUUUCCUCUAUUGUCACCAAAUCAACCAAAAAGAACACCAAGUCAUCCAAAAAGAUGGUAGACACCAAUUCUGUCGUCAUGUUAUGUCCCUACUAUAGCGAGCCUGUCUCCUUAAUGGCCGCCAUGGGUAAAAUGAAGCAAACGGUCGAAUUUAUGGGCAUCAACAAUGAAAUCAGCUCUGAGGAGAACAUUGGCUAUUCUCGUAGUGGUACUGAAACUGUCAGUCGAGAUUGCGCUUUCCAUCCUGACGAGGAUUCUGAUGCAGUCUAUGACAAAUGGGUGUCCAGAUUGGAGAAAUAUCAAAAGCAAGAAACCAACACCUUAUCCAAGUUGAUGGCUGAUGAUAUCUCAGGAGAGGAAUUCAGCAAGGUCUUUUUCGAGCAUGUUAAUGUGAGUACCAAGCCUGCUGGUGGUGACGCUCAUAUGAGUGAAGCUUCUUUGGAUCCUAUCGCAGCCAAGACAGAAGAAUACCGUCUAAUCAUGCAGACCAGAUUCAGCAACACAAGAAAGGCCGACAUGGAAUUAUCACAGUUCUUUACAUCCAAUGUCAUUACCAAAUGCUUUCAACAAGGCCAUGGCAAAUUCUGGCCUGUGGAUGUUAUACUAUUCUUGAUGUCAAGGUCAUUGCUUCGUAGCAAUUACUCUGAAAAGGGCAUCAUUAGUUCUUUCUUGGAGAGAAAAGAAUGGUCUCUUAUUCCUAUCGUAUUGGAGAAAGUACACGAUAUUCCAGAGAAUGAUUUGGUGACACUGAUCAAGGCUUUGAUUGCUUUAUACAACAACGAAGAUGGAUGGAAGACGCGAUUCAGCACAUACAUGAAGAUGGUUGUGGAUGCGCCCAGAAAUGAUAUCUUUCUACAACAAUCGCUUAAACGCAUUAACGCUCCUGAAUUACCCAUCAUUCUCGAGACAAUCGUCAAUUGGUUAAAGGACAAGUCUUCAAACUUGAGCAAACGUAGUAAUAUUGUGGAUUUUGCCAACAGUAUAUUAGAUAUCCACUUCCCUACACUUAUUUUGGAGCCUAAAUUACAAGAAAUCGCUCACACAUUACGGGAACUUGUUGCUGGUGAGAUUGAAGUGAUUGAUGAUUUAGAGCAAUUGAGAAAUAUCUUGGGAGCCUAUGAUCGCAAGAACAAGCAUGCCACUGCCAAGCGUAUGGAGAGACAAACAAGAGAGCAAGAUGCUCCUGUGGACGAACUGACCAAGUUCCGUAAGAAGAAUAAGGGCAAAUUUGGCGGAGAGCAAGGUAUACCAGUCUACAGAGUGGAGGUAUUCAGAUUUUAG